UCCCCAGUGCACUCCAGAACCAACUGCCUCUUUGGGUCCAGCCUCUGCUGGCCUCAUCCCUAUCCUAUGCCUAUGGAUGUCCGUGGAUGUCUGUUUCCAUCCGUGCAGAUGUUGCUCUGCUGGCUCGUCAGCCUUCUGCUGGCCACAGUCGGAGGGAAAGAGGUUUGCUAUGGACACCUUGGAUGCUUUUCCAAUGACAAGCCCUGGGCAGGGAUGAUUCAGCGGCCUUCGAAGAUAUUCCCUUGGUCCCCAGAGGACAUUGAUACCCGCUUUCUUCUGUACACAAACGAGAAUCCAAACAACUACCAAAUAAUCUCUGCCACCGACCCAGCCACCAUCAAUGCUUCCAACUUCCAACUGGACCGCAAGACACGUUUCAUUAUCCAUGGAUUCAUAGACAAGGGAGAAGAAGGCUGGUUGCUGGACAUGUGCAAGAAAAUGUUUCAAGUGGAGAAAGUGAACUGUAUUUGCGUUGACUGGAAGCGCGGAUCCAGGACUGAAUACACCCAAGCCUCCUACAACACUCGGGUCGUGGGCGCUGAGAUUGCCUUCUUGGUGCAAGUGUUGUCGACAGAGAUGGGGUACAGCCCAGAGAACGUGCACCUCAUCGGCCACAGCUUGGGCUCACAUGUGGCUGGGGAAGCAGGCAGGAGGCUGGAGGGCCAUGUGGGCAGGAUCACAGGGCUGGACCCUGCAGAGCCCUGUUUCCAAGGCCUGCCCGAGGAAGUUCGGUUGGACCCAUCGGAUGCCAUGUUUGUAGACGUGAUCCACACUGACAGUGCCCCCAUAAUCCCCUAUCUAGGUUUCGGAAUGAGCCAAAAGGUCGGCCAUCUGGAUUUCUUUCCCAACGGAGGGAAGGAAAUGCCGGGAUGUCAGAAAAACAUCCUUUCCACCAUUGUUGAUAUCAAUGGAAUAUGGGAAGGAACUCGAAACUUCGCAGCCUGCAACCACCUACGGAGCUACAAGUACUAUGCCAGCAGCAUCCUCAACCCUGACGGCUUCCUGGGGUACCCCUGUUCCUCCUAUGAGAAGUUCCAGCACAAUGACUGCUUCCCUUGUCCAGAACAAGGGUGUCCCAAAAUGGGGCACUAUGCUGAUCAAUUUGAGGGGAAAACUGCUACUGUGGAACAAACCUUUUUCCUGAAUACAGGAGACAGUGGUAACUUUACUCGUUGGAGAUACAAAGUAUCAGUCACACUAUCAGGAGCAAAGAAGCUGAGUGGGUACAUCUUGGUCGCUCUGUACGGAUGUAACGGAAACUCAAAGCAGUAUGAAGUUUUCAAAGGAUCCCUCCAACCAGAAGCAAGAUAUAUUCGUGACAUUGAUGUGGACGUCAACGUUGGAGAAAUCCAGAAGGUUAAGUUCCUCUGGAACAACAAGGUGAUAAAUCUCUUCCGGCCCACUAUGGGAGCUUCACAAAUCACAGUGCAACGCGGUAAAGACGGGAAAGAGUUCAACUUCUGUAGCAGCAACACUGUGCAUGAAGAUGUUCUGCAGUCUCUGUACCCUUGUUAAUGGUGUGCCCGUGCCUCUUCCCAUAAUAAACGUUCCUGAUGCACUUGGUCUGA